UAGAAAUGCAUUGUAUCAGGUAAACUUGAAAGAACUUUCAUUACUGUACUGGAGAAGUACCGCAGGUUCUCCACAUGUAUGAAUCGGAGCCGUGGACAAAAAGUAACACAUGCCGCCGAACUCACGUCGGGUUCUUCAUUUAAGUUGGAUCAACACAUCUGCUUGUCAACUGACAGCAACAUCGAAAUUGACAAAAGAGAAGGUCACCUGCACAUCUCAAAAUGAACUUCCUCUUGGAGACUCUCCGCUUGAUACUGUUUACCAUCUACUACCCUGUGGAAGCCCUCAUAAAGUUACUCAUCCCACCCAAGAUGAAAGAUGUGUCUGGUGAAAUAGUGCUCAUAACUGGGGCAGGGAGUGGUAUCGGUAGGCUUAUGGCCCUCGAGUUUGCCUCGCUUGAUGUUACGCUGGUCCUGUGGGACAUCAACGAGGACGGGUUAAAAGAGACUGCAAGGCAGUUGAAAGACAAAGGAGCAUCAAGCGUAUAUUACUACCAGUGUGACUGCAGUGACAGGGUAGUGGUAUACAAAGUGGCAGAUCAGGUUAAAAAUGAAAUUGGUGAUGUCACCAUACUAAUAAACAAUGCAGGCAUUGUGAGUGGCAAGAAAUUCAUGGAAACUCCUGAUGCACUCAUUGAGAAGACCCUCAGAGUUAACGCAAUGUCCCACUUUUGGACAUAUAAAGCAUUCCUGCCCACUAUGAUAGCUAAGAACCACGGACAUCUGGUCAGUGUUGCUAGUUCUGCAGGCUUGAUAGGGGUCAAUGGACUGGCAGAUUAUUGCGCAAGCAAGUUUGCUGCUGUGGGUUUUGCUGAGUCGGUAGCCCUCGAGCUAACAGCUGAGGGAAAAGAUGGAGUCAAAACUACUAUCGUCUGUCCAUACUUCAUCAAUACGGGGAUGUUUGAUGGCUGUGGAACAAAGUGGCCCCGACUGCUGCCCAUCUUGAAACCAGAGUAUGUUGCUAAGAGGAUCGUCAGUGGGAUUCUAUCAGAUCAAGUUUACAUUUUGCUUCCAUGGUCCUUGUACAUUUUGCUGGCUGUGAAAUGUUUGGUUCCCCACAAGCAAUCAGUCAUCCUUGGUAUGUACUUCGGAGCCUUCAAUUUCAUGGACGCUUUCAAAGGACGAGAAAAGAAACAGGACUAAACAAUUUAGUAGAUGUCAAUAUUGUAAUGCUUAAUAAAGUUUGCUUGUCAUUUUUAA